AUGAAGCUAACGACCUGGAAUAUUAGGGGUUUUGGGAAACCAGGGAAAAGAAGAAAAAUUAGGGGAUUUCUCAAGGAGCGAAGAGUUGAUUUGGUGUUUUUUCAAGAAGUCAAGAAAGAUAGGUUGCCAAGGGAAGAAGUUCGUUCGAUUUGGCCUGAUGAUGAUUUUGAUUUUUUGAGUGUGGAUGCAGUUGGUUUGGCUGGAGGAAUAUUGUGUCUUUGGAGAACUUCGUUUUUUGUAUUAUCAGAGUGUUGCAGUUCUAGGUGCUUCAUUUUGUUAUCAGGUACUAUCCUUCUAGACUUUGAAUGUGUAUUUAUCAAUGUCUAUGCACCGAAUUAUGUCUCAAGGAGGGGUCAGUUGUGGAAUGUUAUUAGCAAGUUAAAGUCAGGUUUUCCUACACCAUGGUGUUUGGGAGGGGACUUUAAUGAGAUUAGGUUCGUAGGGGAAAGAAAAGGCUGUACAAGAAGGGGUAGAGGCAUGAUAGAAUUUAAUAAUUUUAUUGAAGGGUUGGAAUUGUUUGAUCUGCCAAUGUUCGGUAGGCAAUUCACAUGGAGAAAUUCAGGGGAUGGGGGCAGGUGGAGUCGUAUUGAUCGAGUUCUAUUGUCAUCUGAAUGGUUGGUAAAAUUCAAGUUGAAGUUGUGGGGUUUACCAAGGGGUGUUUCUAAUCAUUGUCCUUUGCUUUUAAUGGAGGAUGGAAGGGAUUGGGGGCCAAAGCCGUUCAAAUUUAUUAAUGCCUGGCUUUUACAUCCAAGUUUUUCUUCCAUUAUUAAGAAGUCAUGA